GUAGCUGCAGCAAAGUCCACUUCCAUCUGCCUUACCGGUGGCAGAUGUUUAUUGGUGAAACCUGGACGGACUUGAAGCCCAUGGAGAUGAUCGAGGAAGCCUACUCUGACCCCAGAAUCCACGUCUGUUCUGUAGGAAGUUAUACAAUCAAUUUUCGGGAAAUGAGUUGUGAUUUCAUUCCUAUCCGACGCCUUUCCACUCCUUCUUCUGUCACCAAGCCAGCAUCUGUCUUCACCACCAAAUGGAUUUGGUAUUGGAAGAAUGAAUCUGCCACAUGGAUUCCGUAUGGAGAAGAG